CCGGGACUCGUUGUCAGUCCGGUGAAGCGGCUGGAGCAGAGCGGAGCUACUGAGGAGAGACGCCGCACACGCGCGCACUUACACACCGGUUACUUACUCCCGUUACACUCUCCGAGGAUUAUAACCGACAUAGAGCCCGGAGUACAAAACCCACUUCAGGAAAUUACCCCCGGAGAGAAAGGAAUACGAACCAGCCUCGAGACGGAUUAUUAUUACACUUUAUUAACGGAAUAACGGAGUGUUAAACCUCCUGCGUCCGUGCGCGAGUGUGUGUGUGCGCGCGCUCGAGAGAGAGAGAGAGAGAGAGAGAGUGUGUGUGUGUGUGUGUGUGUGUGUGCGCGCGCGCGCGUGCGCUCGAGAGUGUGAGGUCUCGCGCCGCGCCGCUUGGAUCUGUAUGGAGGUGUAGAGACGAGCAGAGAAGCGGUUUAUGGUGAACCCAGCAUGGCUGUCCACACUCCACGCUACCCGAGCACAGCAGAACUGGAUGCCUAUGCCCAGAAGACAGCCAAUAGCCCGCUGUCCAUUAAAAUAUUUCCUACCAACAUCAGGGUCCCACAGCACAAGCAUCUUAACCGCACAGUGAAUGGCUAUGACACAACGGGUCAACGUUAUAGUCCAUACCUCCAACCAGGUGCCUAUCAGGGCCUUCUGGCCGUAGUCAAAGUUUCUUCAUCAUCAUUAUUAUCAUCUUCAUCUUCUUUGUCAUCAUCAUUUGUUGCUUCUGCAAAAUCUGUGGUGAAGAACGUUGAGGGCCGGCGGUCUAAGGUCUCUCCUGCCCACUUAGCAGUGGCUCCCUACCAAGUGGGCUUCAACGGGGCACCUCCAAAGCCCCAUGAGUCUACAACUCUUACUGUGCCACCCAACGUGACAGUUGCUGGGUCUGUCAUCCCUCUAGCAGGGACGAGGGGGCUAAACCUGUCCUCUCAGUCGAAUCUCCCAUCAAUCCAGAGCAUCAUUUACCAGAUCAAUCAGCACUGCCAAGCCCAGGCCCUCCAGCAAGUCUCCACAGUUCCCACGAACCCAAAUUCCAAUCCCAGCCCUUGCAAGCAAGGUGCCACUGCACUUGGGGUUUCAUCCAUCUCAGGGGGGAGCUAUAUGUCAAACCUGGCACCGCAAGGCAACGUGGGAUACUCUGGCACAGUACUAGCAGGACAGAAUGGGGACACAGCAAAGGUGGCUUCAUAUUCAGAGAGUUUGGAAUACAUCCUGUGGCAGAAGCAGCAGCAGCAGCAGCAGAAGCACCAAGCCAUUUUGAGGAUGUACAGCAGUGGAAGUGGUGGAAGUGGUGCGAUUAGCAAGUCGCCAGAAUCUUGUGGUCCAAGCAUCCUAGUGGGUGGAUCCCAGGCAUCGUGUUCCUCCAGGACGUUCCCGUUAAUGACGAGCAUGAGUGGAGGGGGCGGCCUCGAUAAACUGAGCUCCUCACCGUUGAACUGUGCAGCCAUGCAGGGGAAUUUUGCUUUGGGGCAGUAUUUUGCCCCACCAUGGAACAGUGUCAUGGUCACCCCAGAAAGUGACUGCUACAACCCUCAGGAGUUGGCACCAGGGACAACAACCAUUGGGCAGAAGGAGCUGGGCUUCCUGCCUCAUCAACACCACCUUCAUCAUCAUCACUACCACCAUCAAUACCAACAUGCACCUACAGACAGCUCAGGAGGCAUUUGCUGCGGUUUGCCGAGUAAAAGCUUGUGCAAUGCCUCUGUUCUCAGCAGCAGUUUGCAGUCGCUGGAAUACCUGAUCAAUGACAUCCACCCUCCGUGUAUUAAGGAGCAGAUGUUGGGUAAAGGUUAUGAAACCAUCUCAGUACCACGACUUCUGGAUCAUCAGCAUGCACACGUUCGACUUCCUGUUUACAGAUAGAACAAGAGAACUUUCCAAUCAAACUGGAGGUGGAUUUGUGGAUUUGGGGUCAGUUCUUGGGAUGUGUUGCUUUUAAACAAAUUUGGAAGAUCUGGAUGCUUCUAGCUGAUGACUGGGAGGAAACUGGAAGUCAGAGAUCCCGCAUGAGAAACUUUUUUGCCAACAGGGAUUUUUAUGGUUUUUUUUUCCUUUUAUCUUUCAAAUGUUUUUCUCUCCUUGUGAUCUGUUUGGACAGAAUACUGUAGGUGAUAAAAAUCUGUUUUAUCUGGCCUGGAACUGACUUUCCAUACGGUGAAGAAGAUUCCAGCUUCAAAUGUAAACACACACUUCUAGAGGUUAUCACAUGAAAUGUUGCAGAGGAAACGCUGUAGUGUUCUUUAAGGAUAUUCCAUUAUAUAAUAACUUAAUUGUAAGCAUAAUUAUGGCUAUGAAUGAAAAUUGCACUGCUUUGGAAAUCAAAAACAAAACCUUGCGGAAAGUUUGAGCUGGAAAAGUUCGUUUGAGUUUAAUGUAUUUAUGAAACUUGAAAACUUGAAUUUAUUUUUGUUGGUUUAUAUAUCUGUAGUAUAAGAGAUGUAUUGGCUGCUAAGGAGAAAGAUGUGUCUUAGUUUUUUAACUGUUUUUAAGAGUUCUUUCUCCUUUUUUUUUGUUGUUUAUCUUUUUUGGCUAAAAUCUAUUGACUGAUCAGGUCUGAACACUGCUUUUGUUUCAUGAUAAACUAACACUGAGUCCACUGAAGGAGCAGCAUCUGAUCAUAACACAGCUCCUGAGUUCACACAUAGAAUGAAGUACGUCACAAUAUAAGGUCCGGCUUUAAUCACACUUUGGUUUGAAUGUUUUUAGUUUUAUUUUUAUUUUUUUAAGCACCUCUGAUUGUUCACGUUAGUCUACGACCAAUAACUGUUUUUAUUUAAUCAAACAUGAAUGCAACCUUUUACUAUUUCAGACUUAUUCAGGAAGAAUCUAUAAAAAAUUAAUUUUCUUGGCUUGACUUAAGUCUUUUUUUUUUUUUUUCAAUAUUUGCUGCUUCUAGCACAGUGUUUAUACACUCCUCAUCACCUUCAUGACGUUCAGACAACAGGAAAUUUAGUUUGAGUUCAAUUUUUCAAAAGUGGUCUAGCAAAAGAGUCCGUGGUCAUCGACACAGAACCAUCUGCUUAUCAUUAGCAUGUGAACUCGGUCAGACCUGCAGCAGACGCCCUGAUUUACUCUUCAGGUUUAAGUGAAUUUGCUGUAUUCUAUCUUCGUAGAUUCUUGUGGUUCUGCUAAUUUCCCAUUGCCAAUUAAUCCUAAGGAGUUAUAGAAAAGCCAAGUGCAUGAAACAGGAGAGAAAUGCUGAAUCCAUCAGUCAAUCCAUUUUUAUAUUUUAUUUUAUUUUAUUUUUUUCUCCCCAAAAGAUGAAACAAUCAUUUUUCUCCAAGCCUUGAUUUCUUUCUCUGAUGGAGAAGAGUCAAGGUGUGGGGUGCUCUCUAGCUCUCUCUCUUUUUCCACCUUAAUUUGAAUCUCUCUCUCUCUCUCGCUCUCUCUCCCUCUCUCUCUCUCUCUCUCAUUCUCUGUCACUGUCACUGUCUCUUAACACUGAAACCUAUAUUCCUGCUGUGAAAGUCCCUGUGAAUCUGCUGCACUUAUCUGACAGAGUGGACCAAGUCAAUAGCAAAAAAGAGAGAAAAAUAAGAAGAGAAAUUGGAUUGAUGCCACAACACUCUGUGCUGAAUUAGCUUUUUUUUUUUUUUUUUUUUCCUCAGUCGAGUUUUAUUAGAAAAUUGAAUUCCUAAACUCAAGAGACAGAGAGAGCGAUAGAGGGAAGUAGAGAGAGUGUUUGGGUUUUUGCCAGAGGUAAAAAGCAGUCCAGAUUUAUGAAGUGCAAUUAUUAUGACUGUAUGAAGGGUAACUUUAUUUGCUUUUUCUGAGCUCAAACCAAAACAAAAAAUAAAAAAAGAGAAGUCAUAUAAUUCUUUUGUGAUUCUGGUACAUUCCUGUUGUUCUAUAUAAUAGUCAUUCCCUAUUUGUUUUGAGGUGCAAAAAAAAUAAAUAAAUGGAUUUUGAGAAUUUAUUUAAAACCA